AUGGCAAUCAAUCUUCCUUCUUAUCUGAUAGAUAGUCCGUUUGAAGCAAUAUUCAAACAAUCUACUUCGCCACCAUUGCCAUCGGCUUGGAAUCAUGGUGAUUCAUCUAUGUUUAUACAAGUUGGAGAGAACAGAUUGCGAGCCAAAUAUAUUGGCCGGGGAAGAGAUGACACUGAAGCAGCAGCUAUUAGAACAGAUUUUCCGAUACCGCAAGAAUGUGGAUUGUACUACUAUGAAGUCAAGAUAAUCAACAAAGGCGUGGGUGGAUACAUUGGAGUUGGUUUUGCAAUGAAGCAUGUUGCACUCGAUCGUCUACCAGGAUGGGAGGACGAUGCAUAUGGAUAUCAUGGAGAUGAUGGGGCUAAAUUUCAUGCGUUUGGAAGAGGGACAGAAUUUGGUCCGAAAUUUACCACUGGAGAUGUUAUUGGAUGUGGUAUAAACUUCUUUAAUGGCACUGCAUUCUACACUAAAAAUGGUAUACACUUGGGUGUUGCUUUCAAUGACGUUAUAGGAGAGUUCUAUCCAAUGAUAGGUUUGAGAUCAUUUCCUGAAACUGUUGAAGCAAACUUUGGCCAGGAUAAAUUCGUGUUUGAUAUUGACAAAUAUGCAAAGGAACUUUACAAAGAAGUGAAUGAGGGAACGGAUAUAUCAAGUACAAUUCCAAAUACUCCAUAA